GCUGGCCCGCGGCUGGCUGGGACUGACGCGGGACGGGUCUCCCAGGCCGGUGAGGUGCGGGUCCCCCAGGCCGGUGAGCUCCUGAGGUGCGGCGUUGGGGCUUUUUCCUUUGGCGAUAAAAAUUUUUAUGCUUUUGAGCCAUUUCUUUCAAGACCCUGAUCCUGUGAAAUAUAAGCCGUGACCAUGACUACUGAAGUUGGCUCUGCAUCUGAAGUGAAGAAGGACUCUGACCAGUUGGGAGCAGAUGUGACCAAGGAGAAAGCUAAACAAGUAGCAGAAAAUCGGCAGCAUCAGUCAUCUGAACCAGAGGAGGAAAAAGGUUCCCAGCCACCACCACCUGCUGAAAGCCAAAGCAGUCCACGCCGCCAGAAGAGAGAGAAGGAUACAUCUGAGAGCAGGGGUAUUUCCCGAUUUAUACCCCCAUGGCUCAAGAAACAGAAGUCUUAUAAUUUGGUAGUGGCCAAAGAUGGAGGAGAUAAAAAAGAGCCAACUGAAGCUGUUGUGGAAGAACAGAUUUUAGAUAAAGAGGUUUCCAUUCCAGAAGAAGAGAGACAGGCCAAAGGGGAUGCUGAAGAAACUGCUCAGAGUAAACACCAGGAGGUUAAGGUGGAAGUCAAGGAAGGAAAACCUUCAGUGAGCAAAGCUGAGACCCAGCCUGCUGAAGAAGUCAGGGAGGAGAGAGAAGAGGUGAAGGAAAUACAGGAAGAUGAAGUGGCAGCACCAAGGGAGACCAAGGAAGUGCAAACUAAUGAACUGAAAGCAGAGAAGACUUCUCAGAAAGCCACCAAGAAGACCAAAACUGUCCAGUGUAAAGUGACCCUCCUAGAUGGCACUGAAUACAGCUGUGACCUGGAGAAACGUGCUAAGGGACAGGUGUUAAUUGACAAGGUAUGCGAACAUCUCAAUCUUUUGGAGAAGGAUUACUUUGGACUUUUGUUUCAGGAAAACACUGAGCAGAAAAACUGGCUAGAUCCUGCAAAAGAAAUAAAGAGACAACUGCGAAAUCUUCCUUGGCUGUUUACUUUUAAUGUGAAAUUUUAUCCUCCUGAUCCUUCUCAGUUGACUGAAGAUAUCACCAGAUACUUUUUGUGCCUUCAGCUUCGAAAAGACAUUGCCUCUGGCCGCCUGCCCUGCUCAUUUGUGACUCAUGCCCUCCUGGGCUCCUACACAUUGCAGGCUGAGCUUGGAGACUAUGACCCAAAAGAGCACAGCAGUAUUGACCUCAGUGACUUCCAGUUUGCCCCUACACAGACUAAGGAACUGGAAGAGAAGGUGGCAGAGCUGCAUAAAACCCACAGGGGGUUAUCUCCAGCACAAGCUGAUUCUCAGUUCUUAGAAAAUGCAAAGAGGCUUUCCAUGUACGGUGUUGAUCUACAUCAUGCCAAGGACUCAGAAGGCGUGGACAUCAAGCUAGGUGUGUGCGCUAAUGGGCUCCUCAUUUAUAAAGAUAGACUGAGAAUCAAUCGUUUUGCUUGGCCGAAGAUCCUAAAAAUUUCUUAUAAGCGCAGUAACUUCUACAUUAAAGUUAGGCCAGCAGAGCUGGAGCAGUUUGAGAGCACCAUUGGGUUCAAACUGCCAAACCAUCGAGCAGCAAAGAGGCUAUGGAAAGUGUGUGUGGAGCAUCAUACUUUCUACAGGCUUGUGUCUCCAGAGCAGCCACCAAAGGCCAAGUUCCUGACCUUGGGGUCCAAAUUCCGCUACAGUGGCCGUACACAAGCGCAGACCCGCCAGGCAAGCAUCCUCAUAGACAGGCCAGCGCCACACUUUGAGCGCACCUCUAGUAAACGGGUCUCUGGGAGUCUAGAUGGAGCUCCAAUUGGUGUUGUGGACCAAAGUCUUAUAAAGGAUUUUCCUGGACCUGCUGGGGGGAUUUCAGCGUAUGGCCCAGGAGUUGUCAGCACUGCCAUGGUACAAGAUAGGGACAGCCGGAGGGAUGUCAGAAGUCCAUCUAAAGCCCCACAUUUGCAACUCAUUGAAGGAAAGGACCUGGAUAAGGCCCAGGAGGACAUACUGAAACAUCAGGCUAGCAUUAGUGAACUCAAGCGCAAUUUUAUGGAAUCCACACCUGAGCCGCGCCCUAAUGAAUGGGAAAAACGACGUAUCACACCUCUGUCCCUACAGACACAAGGGAGCCUAGAAGAGGAGAUAACAUCAAUUUUGUUUAGUGGAAAGGGCUUUUCUGAUAGCAUGAAAGCCACCUUCCUUUCAGCCACCACUUGGACAGCAGAGGGCGCUCUUGUGAACCCUAAUGCACCUCCUAGAGAAAAGCUUUCCUCCUCGCCCUUCUCACACUUGCCAGAGACACGUGCUCCUGCGUCAGAAGGUCCUUGCACUGGAGCCAGGGAUGCUGUUAAGAGUUCACAUGAGACUCUGAAUGUAGUGGAGGAGAAGAAGCAGGCAGAGGUUGGGAAAGACGAAAGAGUAAUCACAGAAGAAAUGAAUGGUAAAGAGAUAUCACCUGGGAGUGGUCCUGGGGAGAUUCGUAAGGUGGAGCCUGUGACACAAAAAGACUCCACCUCCCUGUCUUCUGAGAGCAGCAGCAGCAGUGAGAGUGAGGAGGAAGAUGUGGGAGAGUACCGGCCCCACCACCAUGUGACCGAGGGCACCCUAAGGGAAGAGCAGGAGGAGUAUGAAGAAGAGACGGAGGAAGAGCCCAGCGGAGCAGCCAAGGUAGUAGAGAGGGAGGAAGCAGUGCCUGAAGCCAGCCCGGGCAGACAAGCAGGUGCCAGUGUAAUCACAGUAGAAACAGUGGCCCAGGAAAAUGUAGUUGCCCAAAAGAUAUCUGCAGAGAAGAGUAUAAACGAAGGCACGGUUAAGCAAGACAUGGGAGAAGAAACAGAGGAAGAGCAACAUAAAGUUAACGGAGAGGUGUCUCAUGUUGACAUUGAUGUUUUGCCACAAAUUAUUUGUUGUUCAGAGCCACCAGUGGUAAAAACAGAGAUGGUAACAAUUUCUGAUGCCUCACAAAGGACAGAAAUCUCCACCAAGGAAGUCCCUAUUGUCCAAACUGAGACCAAAACCAUCACAUAUGAGUCUCCACAGAUUGAUGGCGGGGCUGGUGGUGAUUCGGGCACGUUAUUGACUGCACAAACCAUCACAUCUGAGUCCGUGUCGACAACGACAACCACACACAUCACCAAGACUGUAAAAGGUGGAAUAUCUGAAACAAGAAUUGAGAAACGCAUUGUGAUCACAGGAGAUGCAGAUAUUGAUCAUGACCAGGCAUUGGCUCAGGCAAUCAGGGAAGCCAAAGAGCAGCACCCUGACAUGUCAGUCACAAGAGUGGUAGUGCACAAAGAAACAGAACUGGCAGAGGAAGGGGAAGAAUAAGAAAGUCAUCUUCUAAACAACAUACAACUUUGUGAACCUAAAGAAUUUGACCAUUCCAAGUCUUAAUACCACACCACUACUCCAGCAAAUUUGUGCUAUGGCUGGUAACAGUGACCAGAAGCCUGAAGAAUUAAAAUGCCAACACCAAACCUUACCUUAACAGCUCUGGUCUGUACCAUUCUCGCGCAUUUUUAAUAUAUUUUGUUUUAUAACCACUUCUAAAUAUUCUUGGGUUUUUUUCCCUUUCUUUUUUCUAUUUUUUUUUUAAUUAAGUAGUUUCGUUUUAUUUCCUGUUUACUUUGUGUGCAACUACCUGCUUUUCAUGACUCAUUUGCUUAAAUGACAGUGAACAAAGCCAGCCUGGGCUGGUACGGUGCUGUUCACUUGAACAGGUGCUGUUGUGCGGAAAGGAAACUCUGUGACUAAUUUAGAUAGUGGGUUUUCUUCUUCCAGAUUCUUUCCAUUGAAUUCUUACAGUCAAUAUUUACAAUUUUCAGAUUGCAGUAAAUAUACUGUAUGAGAAAAAUAUUAAUAAGAUUAAAAGCAUUUCUUACAUCUUGGAAAAUUUUCUAAUGUUUGAGAAUUUCACUGGGGAUUUUUUUUAUAUUGAACCCUUUUGACUUUCCAGUCUUGUGACUUUUUACUUUUAGUAAAGAGUCAGAAAAUCUUCAGACUGGAGAAUUAUGAAGUUCACUGACCAUGCACUGUGCUCAGAGAUGCACCCCAGUGCCAGUGCUUCUCAGACACAUGCUCUUCGACAGCAUUCCAGAACAGGAGGGAAGAGAAGAGAAAUCUGUUUCUUCCCUUCUACUAAAAAAUUCAGGCAGCUUAAAACCUUAGUGCUUUCUUUUUUAACAUUUCCAAAUUUCAAUACUUUCCAUUAUUUGAACACUUGGAUAGAACACUUGCUUUGUAUUAAACCUCCUUGUCUAUGUGUAAAACUGACCUUUUGUUAUUGAGCAAAUAUCUCUUUCAGAUAGUUUGAUGAUUCACACAGGUUUGAGGAUGCUGAGAGAAGGGUAGGGGACUGUGAUGGUUUGCGUUGGUUAUAAGAAAGCUAUACCAUUUAAAGGUGACACCAGAGACCUGAUAGGGACUUAUUAACUGUAUUGAAAAUUUCUUCCUUUGCUUUUGACCCUAUGUAUAGUUAUGAUGCCAGAUUAGAUUUAUAGCAGCUUCUUCAAGUUGUAUUAAAUGAUAUUUUGCUUUCUGUAAUACUGUUAUAAAAUAAAGUUUUGUUUAUUCUCUAAA